GAGAAGGCCAGCGUCCCAACGAAGCGCCCCUCCGAGCCAGCGUGUCAUGGAUGCCCUGGUGCGCCUCCUGCAGCUGCUGGUGCUGCUCCUCACGCUGCCCCUGCACCUGAUGGCUCUGCUGGGCUGCUGGCAGCCCCUGUGCCAAAUCGGCUUGCCCUACCUGAUGGCUGUGCUGACUGCCAAGUGCAACCGCAAGAUGGGGAGUAAGAAACAGGAGCUCUUUGGCCAGAUAAAGGGGCUUACGGGAGCCUCCGGGAAGGUGGCCUUGCUGGAGCUGGGCUGCGGCACUGGUGCCAACUUCCAGUUCUACCCAGCAGGCUGCAGGAUCACCUGCCUGGACCCAAACCCCCACUUUGAGAAGUUCCUGACAAAGAGCAUGGCUGAGAACAAGCAUCUCCAAUAUGAACAGUUUGUGGUGGCUUCCGGAGAGGACAUGAAAGGACUGGCAGAUGGCUGCAUGGAUGUGGUGGUCAGCACCCUGGUGCUGUGCUCCGUGCAGAGUCCGAGGAGGGUCCUGCAGGAGGUCCAGAGAGUGCUGAGGCCGGGAGGAGUGUUCUUUUUCUGGGAGCAUGUGGCUGAGCCACGUGGAAGCUGGGCCUUCCUGUGGCAGCAAGUUUUAGAGCCCACCUGGAGACACAUUGGGGACGGCUGCUGCCUCACCAGAGAGACCUGGAAGGACCUCGAGAGUGCCCAGUUCUCUCAACUCCAAAUGGAACAACAUCCCCCUCCCUUCAAGUGGUUGCCUAUCGGGCCCCACAUCAUGGGAAAGGCUGUGAAAUAACCCUUCCCGAGUCCUGCCUCCAGCCAGAGCAAUCCCGCCUACCGCCUAACCUGUCUUCUACUGAGGGGGAUCUAGGCAGAGAAGCCAUUCCCCCCACCGCCCCUUUCCUCCCUCCCCCAUCUCUGCCCCCGCGUCUAACUUCAAUCCUUCCUGCCAAAGUGAGAAGGCUCUAUUCCGAACCUGACCACAGGGAGGAAAGCGAUGUCCUGCCAUGUCCUUGACUGCAAAUCCCUAGACUGGGUCUCCCAAUUUUUGCCCACCCACUGCCAGGGCAGUUCCCUUGUUCCCAUUAGUAAAGGUCCCCCUCCUCUUCAUCUGAGACCACACCCAUGUGCCCAGCCCUCCCUCCCACUACCACCUUUGUCCUGAGCUGUGGGGGUUACAGAAGGAAGCAGUCCUCUCCUGGA